AGUUGCCACCAUGAUAUUGUAGAGAGAGAUAGAGAGAGAGAAGCAAAGUUUCUCAAUCAAGAACUCUGAUCUGCUACUAAUUAAUCCUUAUAUCUGGAUCUGUUGAAGAAGCUAAGAGAGUUGAGGUUUGAGUUUUCCUACCCAUUCAAGGAGAUGGCAUUGUUUGAUCUUCACCACCCAUGGGUCUUUACAUUUGGAGUACUUGGUAACAUUGUAUCACUUCUUGUAUUCUUAGCCCCAGUGCCGACAUUUAUAAGAAUCUACAAAGCAAAAUCAACCUUGGGUUAUCAAUCCGUUCCCUAUGUUGUAUCCUUAUUUUCUGCUAUGUUGUGGAUGUACUAUGCUUUCCUCAAGAAGACCGCUCCUCUUCUCAUCACUAUCAACUCCAUCGGAUGUGUCAUCGAAACUCUUUACAUCUCCAUUUUCCUUGGUUAUGCUUCCAAAACCGCUAGGCGUCAAACCAUGAAAAUGUUGCUGUUACUUGUUGGAGGACUCUACUCUGUGAUUGUGUUGGCCACAAUGUUCCCUUUUAAGGGCGCCCUUCGUGUGGCCAUUGUGGGAUGGAUUUGUGUGGCUUUUUCCGUCUGUGUUUUCGCUGCGCCUCUUAGCAUUGUGUUCAAAGUGGUGAAGACAAAGAGCGUAGAGUUCAUGCCGUUCAACCUGUCUUUCUUUCUUACGUUGACUGCAGUUAUGUGGUUAGGCUAUGGCUUGCUGUUGAAGGACAUGUGCAUUGCUUUACCAAACGUAUUGGGGUUUCUCUUGGGGAUCGUACAAAUGGUGUUAUACGGAAUCUACAGAAACAAGAAGCCAGUUGAAGUGGCGGAGGAGAAAAAGAGCGCCGUGCCGGAGCUCGUUAUAAACGUGGCAGGGCUAGGGGAAUUAUUGCACUCAUCUGUGGAGGAUUCUAAGACGACAGCCAUCACCGUCAGUGACGCCGUUACUGAAGAAAAAGGAGAAAACCCAGAUCAAAAGAACAAAGAAGAGGAGGAAGAAGAAAACCAUGCCGGGAAAACCAUGAUGAUUACGGCGCCACAGCCUCUGCCGCCGGCAAAUCCUAACCUUGACGAUAAUGUCCUCCAAUUUACUCACCCUGUGAAUGUCGUCGUCUGUGCUGCUUAAUUAUAUUAUUAUUAUUGUACUAUUAUUAUUCUUUGUCUUUCCUUUAAUAUAUAUAAUUUUGUGCUAGCUUUUUACGCAAUAAUUAAGCUAUCAAAUUUGUUCAUAUAAA